CAUUCCGGACUUGCGCGUCCAUUGAAAAAAAAAUUCCUGCACAGAAAGAGAUAUCGGGACGCUUGUAAUGUAGGCCGGAACUUAAGUCGCAGCGUUAAAGGUGUAACACAAAACAGUGAAAAAUUGGUAGAAGAAGUGCUAGUGUUUUUCCUCUCUCGAGUCCUGGGCACUUGGCCGCCUAGGCUUACUUUCGUAUUCGCUUUUCGGUUUUUUUUUACUUUCCCCGCACCCAAGCCGCUCACACUCCGCCGGCCGCUGGAAAAAUGUCUCUGAAUGGCGCCCGGCUGCGCUACGUGGACGACAACGGCGAGGAGGUUUUGGUGCCGGCCAAGGGACGCACCUUUCAAAUCGGCUCCUACAUCAGCUGCGACGUAAUCCUGGAACCGCAGGCGGAGCGCCUGGUUUGCGAGAUAACAUGCGACGCAUUCGGCAGGGUGACUCUCAUCAACCAGUCCAACAAGGAUAUCCCGAUCCACUUGAAUGACAAAAUCAUCCACGGCCAGCGCAGUCAUCCGCUGCUGCACGGCAACCGGAUCACCAUUCUGGACAGGGUUUACACCUGGGAGUCUCAUAAGAUGUCCGGGUCAGAGGAUGUGGCGAGCACACCGGAGCGCCAGCAGCCCGUCGAGCAGGCGCCAAACUCCUGCCCCUCGUUGAAGUCCCAUCGUCCACAGAUCGACAAGCGUCUGACAGUGCACAACUUUCACUACAGCAUUAACUCGGAUGACGAGGGCAACACCUCUAUAGAAUCGCGGGGCCAAAACGAAUCCCAGUUGGACGAACAGGAGAGCUUAAAUUUCUCGACUCCACCAAGCACAGAGGAGACGUCAUCGUGCGAGACGCCCAAAGUCGAUCUGGUGGAGGCGACCCAAAACAAGGAGAACACUGCCACGCCGCCGGCUACCCACCAGAAGUUGUUGCAGCUUUGCGCUCGCUCCGACGUGGUCCAAACAUCCUUCUCGCCGCGCGAGACUGGCGUCAAGGUGGAGAAGUCCUUCGCCUGCGUGCGUAGUCCAACAAAAAGUAGCAAACAGACUGUGGCUGCGUUUGUGACCAUGUCCACACCCAAGAGUGUGUACAGCACUCCGAAAGGGGGAGUGCUGUCCGAGUUGAACGACGACAGCUGCAGCCGUGAUCUGAUGGACUUCUGCACACCUUCCACCUCGAAAAAGACCAAGCGGCAAUCGUCCAUGUAUCUGAUCGAUCUGACCACACCCUCAAAGCUUCGACCAUCUUUAAAGCCCACACCAAUUAGCGUGGACAGCACGGACGAGUCUUCGGAUGGCUCGCCCCUUGUCAUUGACAUAACAAAGUCGGCCACGCCACCCACACCAGCCCGGUCCCAUCUGGCCAAGACGCCACGACGAGCCGCCAAUGCCGUGUCCGCCACACCCACUCGCACGCCGCAGUCCCUAAUGAAGCGGGCUCUGCUCACCAGCACCAAGAAGAAGCAGAUCGCUGGCAAUCAAAGGGAUAAAACACCAGUAGCUACCCCAAAUCCCCCAUCAAUCCAACGUCGCCUGAGCCACAUCUCGCCGCGCAUGCCAUUCGUUUCACUUCCUUCGCCUGAACACAGAGAAGCGCGGAGGAGUGCAGUGCACUCGGCACCCAAAAACAUCCAGCACAGACGGCAAUCCUUUAACCUUGGGACGCCAAGAGAUAACAAGCUCUCUGAGAUAAGAAAGUCCCUGGCGGUUGCCAAGCGCAGUCUCGCCGUAGACAUGGGCCUCAAGCUCAAGGCGAAGGCGCGACGUACGCUCAACUCCCCUAAGAGUAGUUCUCCGAAGUCGAGCUCGUCCCAGCCAGGAUCGCCAGCUGUGAGAAAAACCAUCAAUAUGUCACAUCCCAAAUGUUCCACUCCAGAGAAACUAGACGACUCGACGAAGGACGAGUUGAGUCGCACUUUUACGAUCAUGAACGAAAGCGGGGACCCGGCUGAAGCAAGUUCUAUACUUGGAAUCAUCUCUGCCCUUGUCACUGGAGAAAUGGAUGAUAGUGCUGUUUCCAAGAUUCUGGAUUCUUCUCCUCCACCAACAGAGAUAAGGAAAGAUUCUUUCGUAGGGGAUGAACUACCAUCUGCUGUGGAAGAGGUUAAGUCUCCCAAACUUGGCGAUAAUGGAACUCUACCUAUUGGGAAAUCAUGUCAAGAACCAGACGAUCUUGUCGAUAAUGAAAAUACCGAAAAUUGUUCUAUGCAAGCCAACGAAAGAGUAGACAUCAUUGAAGAUAGUAUUUGUGAAGAAGUUGACGCAAAUAUUCCCAAACAAGUCGAUGAUGAUGGCAAGCUUGGGGAGGAAGAGUCACCAGCUAUUAAGUCUUCUGAUUCUGUUGCAGAAGGAGAGAACAAGGAACCAACCACACGAGUAGAAACCCCCAUGAUUCGAAGGAGUUUGCGACGACUAUCUGUUGACCAGAAGGCAGGUCACUGCAGCAGCACUCGGCGGGGCUCAGUGGGGGCCAGCAGCAGUCAGUCAGAGACGAAGACGGAGGGCAGCAAACGGGGCACACGUAGAGCGUCCUGUUCGGCGUUGGUGGAGGAUAAUCAAGAAAGCGGUACGCCGCGCCGCAAGCGUCGAUUCUCUGAGCAAAUGUCCACGCCAACGAGACAAUCGAAGCGUCUGAUGAUGAACACACCCAAGGCCACACUUCCAGUGGAUGAUUCCAUGGAUGAUAUGGGUGUGAUUGUGGAGGAAGAUGAUGACGAAAAAACUUCCCUUGUGGAGGAUGAAAAUUAUGGCAAGGAGCUGCCCUGCGAUGAGCCGGACAAUGUGGACUAUCACGGUUUGAGGGAUCUCCUGAAGACUCCCAAGAAUUGCAGCACACCUCGCUUCAAGGGACUGCGGGAAAUGCUGCGCACACCCAAGGUUCCCGCUUCUCCAAUUUUCGGCAAUAUUGAAGAGUUGCUGGAUAACUCUAUUACAGGCAGCACGCCACAGCACAGCAAGACCAGCAGGAGCAUCACAGUGGCAAGCGUCGCAGUAGAGAACGAAAAGGUAUUGGAGGGUGUUUUGAAGACCCCCAGCGCCAGGAAUAUCAUGGUGCCCAACGAACCAGCUAGUGCCGUAUUAAAGUCCCGCAGGGAUUCCUUAGCAACAACCACCGAGUACGAUCUGGACACGACCAAUACCACGUUGCACCUGGACCAAAUCUUUGAUGAUGUACCGAGAACAUCAGUGGCCAACAUGGAGAACACCGAAUCAGAGAUAGAUAUAACAAGCCUUAGCACAGCGUCGGGACUGGAUCCCUUGAAAGAAUCGGUGUCAUCGGAGGCACCAAUGAGUGUGUGUAAGCUGGAAGCCCGUAAAAAAGACCCCCUCACUAGCACCACCUACAAGGCUGCCAUGCAGGCCGAUCUUGAGCUAAGCACCUUUACCGAGGAGGGCGAAGCGUCCUCAAGGCCCAGCUCACUGGGCUCGAACGAAAUGAGCGGGAUACAGUUGCUGGACCAGACCUCGGACUCUAUGUUCUCUGAGCAUCUAAUAGUGUCGGGCGUGGAAUCGUGCAACGUCACUGUGGAUGAGACGGGGGCCAUAGGACAGAGCACCUAUAAGCCGGUAGAAAUCAACGAUGUCGACAAUGACUCAAACGUAGGUCUGACCGAACCUCUCGUAUUGAGCGACGAUGAUGAUGAGGCUGAGGUGGCGGAGGAUUCAAGAGUGACACCCAAGAAAUCAAUAGCAGCUCCCGCAGAGGUUUCUGUAGCCUACAAACUCGAAGAAUCCGUUGCUACAAAGGAUAUCACACUAAACCAGUCCCAAGGCAAGCCAUCUGUUAAUGAGACAUCAGCCAGAGGGGAAUCCAUAAGCAGAGAGAGUUCAUUGAUGGACGAGGUCUCGCUGAUUGAAGUUAACGAAAGCGUGGCAGGCGACAGCAUUAGUGCAACCAAAGAUGAAAAAUCCAUAGUAAUCGAACUAGACAGUUUGAGCGACAUGGAAGCAGAAUCCACAAAGAAGAACGAUGAAUCCGCAGCCGUCGAAUUGACCAUUGUAGAAUCAGAGACGUUUCCCUUGGACUCAACGCAAGAGGACGAGGUGGAGGUCUCAACGAGAGUGGAUCAAAACCUGGCCGAGUCUGGGUCUGAAGAAGCAGGAACUCAUCCUUCAGAUCCUCUGCCUUCCGAAGAAUUGUUGGAGAGAAGCAAGAACACCGAUGUGGCUCUGACAGAUGAAGACAAAGGAAAUGAUGUAUCCGCUGCUGUGGACUCCGAAGCACUCCCUCUCCCUCCUUAUGAGAAGCUUGAAACCAACGGUGACCAGAAACCUACCGAUUCUGAAGAAGAUUUAACUGGCAAAACUGCAGAGGAAGAUCUACUACCCUCCGAAGAACUGUCUGAAGAAAAGAUAACAAGAGAUGAUGAGAAAGAAGUUAUACUUUUUGAUUCAACAGCAGAUAGUUCCGUUGUUGUGGAGGAGGAGGAACUUUUAACAAACGUUGACUCAGAAUUGCCAAUUUCUACAGAAGAGUUGGAGGGAGACAAACUUGCUGAAGAAGAUCCUUCAGUACCCUCCGAAGAACAGACAGAAAAUAUGAUAACUACAGAGGAUGCACAAGAAACUGCUGAAACUAAGGACUCCGAUACAACAUCUGAUAGUUUUGCCACUCAUAUCAAUUUGCAGGCGGAACUUUCAACAAACGAUGACCCAAGUUCAAUCGAUUCAGAACCUCCUAUUACUAAAGGAGAUUUAACUGGCAAAACUGUACAAGAAGAUCUUUCAGUAAUCGACACUUUACCCUCUGAAGAAUCUGAGACCGAUAAGUUACCCGUUGAUGCACAGAUCUCUAAUGUAACAUCAGAUAAUAUCGCUGUAGAAUCACUUGGCCAAGAUGCUGAAAUGGAAAGUAUUUCUACAGUAACAGAGCCAGAAGCUGGCGAAGUAUCUGUUGCCGAAGAACCCAAGUCACCUACACGAGAGGCGUCUUUAGUUAAAGCUGAUGCAAAUGAUGAUACGGAUGAGAAACCUACGGCGGAGUUAGAACAAAAUACAUUAGAGGUACCUUUUGUUAAUGAUGUAGAAAUCCAGAAAAGUGCUGUUGAGGAGUUGCCUACUGGCGCAACUGCAACUCCAGAGACGCCAAAACAAGACAUCAAAGUAGUGCCUCAUGAAGAGGAAUCAUCUCUAGCAAAUCCUAGUCCAAGUCCAGCCAAUAUUGAGUUUGAUUCAACGUCAGAUGUACAGCAUACAGAUCCUAUCAAUCCGGCCCAGGAAGAUGUAAAUGAGGCUGGAGUUAUGGAAGACAUGAAUCCAUGUGACGAUGAAAAGACUAAUGGUGCCGAAGCUAAAAUGUUUGCUUCCGAAGGAUCUCCAAAACAGAUCGAAGCGAAUAAAACACAAGUAGAAUCCGUAUGUGAAGUAAAAUCAGAUAAGGAGGAAACUACUAUUGCUGAAUAUUCAAUAAAUGAAGCAUCUCCUGAAAAGAGUCCAUUACCAGAUGUGCAUCCACCAGAAGAAUUCCAUGCAGCAGACAUAACAGCUGGCGAUUCGCCGAAGAGGGAUGUCUCAGUGAUUGCCGAAUUAGCUAUUACAGAAAUAAACAAAGAUGAUCAAAAGGAGGAUGAUGUCACAGACAAUACUUCAUUGGAAACACCACAAAAUGUGCCUCCCACAGUUGUCCCUUCUACAGAUAAUAUUCCUGAUGAGGAAAGUUCACUAAGCACAAGUUCUAUAAUAAUAGAGUCCUUUACUGAGCAGCCGAAACCCGCCAGCACGGAAGAAAAUAAAAUUUACCCAUCUGAAAAUGUUGCUAUUCACGGCGAAUCUGUGGCUGAAGUUAAUAAGCUGGAUACAUCAAGCAUAGCUGAGGAGGUUGAAAAAGAUUCUGUUGUUGAAGAGCAACGAAAAGCAAAAUCUUUAGAGAAUCAUCCGGAAGAUGUGGCGACAAGUGAAGAAAUGAGUGCCCAACAAGACGAAUUUAAACCAAUAGAAGAUAAAGAAUUUAAUGAAGUGGAAGAAACUUCUAUUGAUACUUCCGCUAGGAAGGAACAGACUUCCCAGUUAAUUCCAUCUGCUGCCGCAGAGACCUCGUUAACAGUAAAAGAUGAUGCAGUUACAGAACAGCCAGGAGAAGUUGCUACCGAACAAAUAUGUCUAGAUCAACCCAUUACUGAUAUAUUGGAAACUUCAGCUCUAUUGGAACCUUCAUCAUCACCAGCUGUGCAAGACAAAAGUAUGGCUGAAAAUCCGGAGAUUAAUAUUACAGAGAAACCCAAUAGUAGCAUAGCGGUCGAUGGAGCUCAUGAAGCCUCGGUAACUGAAAAACCCUUCGAAGAUGCAACAGUAACGUCCAAUAACCAAGCUAUGGCCUUUGGUGACCAUGACUCUUCACGCAAUUCUGAAUCAUCCAAAGACAAACUUCAGAUUGAUGAAUCAACUUCUACCGACGCGGAGUCUGAAGGCAAAUCCACGGAUCGAACAGCCACUGAAGUGCAGCGGUCGGAAGAGCCUCAACAAGACAUUUCAUUAUCUGCUACUGAUAUUGCUGUCAAAUCUCUUGCUAAAACGGACCAUUUAUCGAUUGAGGAGGAGGUCAAAGAAGCCGUCAUAAAUCAGUCUUUAACCGAAGAUGCAUCUAUGUCAGAGGAACUGACCGAAGGAACUUCUGCUCAUAGAAGUGAAGGGGAACAGCCACAGCCAGAUGAUCGUCAUAUCAAUGCGGAAUCUCCAAACCAGAAGGUGAUGCAAACUUGUGCCGUCAAAGAAGUUUCAGAUAUAAUUGAAUUGAGCGAUGAUUCUAGUUCUGAAUCACCUCCAGAGGCUUCGCUCUCUACUGAAGAAACCGUACCAACAGAAGAUUCAAAUGCAAAGAAAGUUCAAUUAAGCGAUGAUUCUGAAUCACCACAAGAAGAGCACAACCAGGCCCCUGUGUCCACUACCGAAACUCCGGAACUCCCGUCAGAGCCAAUAGAAGAAACCUUACCAACUGCGGAUCCAAAGGUAGAAGAUGUCCCUGAAGAAGGCACUCCAAUAGCAGAAGAUCACAACACAGUCAAAGAAGUUUCUGGUAUAAUUGAAUUGAGCGAUGAUUCUGAUUCCGAAUCAUCUCCAGUUAGAGAAGAUCACAAACCAGCCCCUGCGGAUGCUUCGCUCCCUAUUGAAGAAACCCUACCCACUGAGGAUUCCCAAAAACCGAAGGUCGAAGAUGUCCCUGAAGAAGGCUCUCCAAUUGCAGAAGAUUGCAACACAUCCAAUGGCCCAAAUACAAAUUCUUCAGUCUCAAUUAUAGAAACAAUUGCCAAUGAGGAUCUUAAUAAUGGGAAGGUUGAAGACGUUUCUGAUGAACUUCAGAAUGGUACACCCGCGGCGCCUGUUACUAAAGAAGAAAAGACAGAGAAACCACAGGCUUCAGAAAAGUUAGAGGCAGUUGAAAUCACUUCAACAACAGAAUCUGUCGCAAAUGUUAAACAAGAUGAGAAACCACAACACAACAAGUCAAAGGUGGAAGGUUCUGCUGAUGAAGAGUCGUCUAAAGUGAAAGACGAGUCCAGCGAAGAUGUUUCGAGCACUGUGGAGGCCGUUUCGGAGCUCGUGCAGGAUAUUGAAGCAUCCAACAAGGAGGCCUCAAACUCUGAAAACAUACAAGCUGAUGAGCUAGCGACGCCUAUUAUUUCUAGUUCGGAUCCUGAAAAGUCCGAACAAAUCGGGGAACCAAAUCCAGAACCCUCAGUAUCGCUCAAUCAUUCGACAAUAAAGGUUAUGCAUCAGGAAGAUGAACCCAGCGUGAAAGAGAAAUUAAAACCUGUGAAACGAGCGACCAGAAAGGGAUCAGCCUCCGUGGAGACACCUGCAGAAGGCGCUAUGGAGAACCCAAGCCGACGCACACGAAAACCAUCUGCAGAGGUAGAGGAGGUUAAGUCGAAUGAUGUCCAUGAAAAACCAAAGAGAAGAGCCGUUCGUAAGGCUUCAGCGGAAGUGGCUGAACCCAUGACGCACAACCAAGCUACGAAGGAGGAAGAACUGCAAGUUAUUCCGGAAGAGGCACAUUCUUCUAGACCCAAUGAAGAUAAUGAGCCUCAAAAGGAAGUUGUAUCUGAUCAGAUGCCGAAGAAAGAUGCCCUGGAGAAGCCAAGUCGACGCGCACGAAAGCCAUCGGAGGAAGUCAAGUCAGUAGACAUUACAGAAAAACCUAAAAGACGAGCACGCAAGCCAUCAGCUGAAGUUCCUGAGCCCAUGAUAAAGAAUAUUGAAGAUGAAACCAAGGAGGAAGAACAGGCCCAGGAAGCAGAUUUUCCUCCAAAUCAGGAAGUUGAAGGGGAGGAAGAAGGCGUCCAAAAUAAAAAGGAAAUAUGUGUAGAACCCAAUGAGGAAAAUAAGCAAGAAGAAGAGGAGCUUAAGAGUGCUGAGGAGACUAAAAAGGCGAAGCCCAUUAAAUCCAGCACCGGUAAACCUAAAAGACGGGGGCGCAAGGCAUCGGCAGAAGAAACGGAAACUACACCGGACAAGAAACCAAAGAUAGACUAUAUACCUGAAGUCUUCGAAGACGACACUACGUCUACGUCCAUUCAGAUCGAACAAAAAACGGAAACCCAAAUGCCAGAAAAGCCCAAACGACGUGGACGUAAAGCAUCGGCAGAGGAAGACGCUAAUAAUGUGGUUAAGGUCUCUACAUCUAAAGAAGACCUAAAAUCUAUAGUGGAGGAAGAUAAUGAUUCCAAGAUCAUUAGCACGGUAGAUGAGAAACCUGAAGAUGUUCGCACGGAGGUAAGAUCACGGCGCAGGGGACGCAAGCCCUCAAAAGAGGAGGACACUGCAGCCAGUAACUCAAAGUCUGCAAAAGGAAAUGUAGAGAAGCCAUUGGCACCAGCUUCAGAAGAUAAACCAUCAGAUCUUACAGAACCUAUUGGAUCCCAGGAGCAAACAGAAUUUGUACCCGCUGAGGUGCCUGAAUCCGCCAAGGAAACAGAUCACAUAGAAAGACCCAAGCGUCGAGGACGCAAGCCAUCUGUUGACAUUGAGCAUACGGUCCCAAAUGUCCCUGAUAAACCAAGGCGAAGAGGCAGAACACCGGCUGAACCUGAGAAACAAACCUCGGGUGAAGCCAAGGAGGAAGAACCUGACAAAAAGUCCAGGCGCAAUGCCCGCAAGCCCUCAGCUGAAACCGUUGAUGCUGUUUCCCACAACAUCGAGGUGGAACAACUUAAGGAUAUUGAAGAGGUAGCCGAGCCACAGCCUGAAAUCGAGCCGCUUCUGAAGGAGGAGGAACCCAAAACCCGUCGAGGCGGACGUAAGCCGAAACUUGAAACCUUGGAGGUGCCAGCCAAGAGCACUGCUGCACGCCUGCGUGGACGCAAGGCCACCGAAGAUGAGGGCCCCAAGUCCGAAGUCCCAGUUGCGGCAGAGACCAACCCUGAGGACGAGGAACACAAUAUAGUUCCAGCAGAUAACAACGAUGAAGUUCAGAUACAGCCAGCGGAUGUGGUGGUGGCUGCAUCCGCAGAGAAAAAAACCAAGCGGCGGGUUCGCAAGGCCUCAGCCAAUAUCGAUGGGACCAAAAAAACUACCACCCGUCGCGGCCGCCAGGACUCCACUAAGGAUGAGGAUAAUGGGCAGGAAACAAAAAUCGAUCUGCACCAAGUGCCAACUGAGAGCGUGCCAGCAGUCGUGGUCAUGUCAGGCAAAAUCGGCGACGGAGCUGUAGGAUCUGAGGAUGAUUUUACACCACGCCGACGAGAGGGCCGUAACAUGCCGCGUAAAAACUACGACGAGACCACAGACGAGGACAAGCAGAGAUCUGCACGACGGCCUCGGAAGCCAGCGGCCAGCAAGCUGUUGGCUUUUAAGGGGGCAGAGGAAGAAUCGACCCCGCAGCCCAAACGCCAACCCGUCGAGGAGGUAGAGACGCCCGCAAAUGUGGUGCCUAUUGCGGAGCCCACAUCCUCGCAGCGGCGUGAGGGACGCAACGUGCCGCGCAAGAAUUACACGGAAGCACCGGAUGACGAUAAGCCCACCACUUCUCGCAAUCGCCGGGUGCGCCAUUUGACCGCCAAGGCCUUGGAGUUAAUUGUGGAUUCCUCGCCGCGACCGAAUACUCCAAAGGGACGCAAGGUAAAGGCGGCCGGGAAAGAAGAAUUACCUGCAAACAGACUCUCCCUAGAGGCGGCCCCACCACCGGCCGAGUCUGUGGCGGAAGAAGAUCCGGCGCCAGUAAUCGCCAAGGGGCGUGCCGCUCGACGCAAAGCGACGGAUACUGACUCGUCCCAGCAAGUGGAGGCGCCAUCUAGCAAGCGAGCAGCUCGCGGACAGCACGAGGAAUCAGAGGAGCAGCCGGAAGCCAAGCCAGUCUCAAAGAGUUCACGCGCGACGGGACGCAAGGCCAAGAUCGAGACUGACCUGGACGAAGCUGUACCCACUAAGAAGGCGCGGGGUGGAAGUCGUGCCAAGACACCGGUGAAACCUCCAGAGGAUAAGUCAGGCACUGAGCCGGAAGAACAUACUGUCCCGAUUAAGAAGGGUCGAGGUGGGACGCGUGCCAAGACGCCGGUGGCUGAGAUUCCCGAGGAUGCUGCAACUCAGCCGGAGGAUGAGCCGGCAAAGAAGCCACCCGCUCGUAGUCGGGCCCGCGGUGGCGCCAAAGCAGUAGCGGUGCCAGAGCCGGAGCAGCCCGUCCAUGACUCUGACGCAGAGCCAUCAUCAUCUGCGACGACGGCAACUCGCGGAGGACGCGCCAAGAAGGUGCACUUUGAACCGACGGAAGCAGCGGCGGCGUCGGCUGCCAGCGUCGAAGGUGCGCCCAAGCGAGCAACACGUUCCCGCCGGGUAUAAAAAUUUUAUAUAUAUAUAUAUUUGGCAGGUAGUUGGAUUUCGGAAUCCCUUUGUUCUUUGUAUUUACCUUGUUAAUUUUUGAGCUAAUGUUUUUGUAACUUUUGUAUAAAAAAUUUGAUUUGUAUUGCAGCAUCCUAGCUACUCCCCUGCAUCCCUUCCCGCAUACCGCAGGGAGGGCUCGCUCGCUCUCACGUAAAUUUAAAUAAACCUUGAUAGAUUUAAUUAUUAUAUAUAUAAAUAUGCAUAGUUUACCUGGUAAGGCAUUCUAUCAAUUAUCAUUCCCCAAAAUAAUAAAGAUUCAUAAACAUAAAUACAAAAAGACGAGUUGUCAAU